UGCUAUUUUAGUUUAGGGUCUUAUAAUGUUAGAUAUUUUUGUGAAUCUCAUUAAAUUCAGGUUGAUAUAAUGGCUGGCAGGAAAGAGGAACCUAAAAUUCAGCCCAACAAUGACUUGGAAAAGAAAAUUAUGGAAGCUUUUGAGGUGUUCGAUCAUUCAGCAAAACAAGUCGUCGAUGUCAGAGAGAUUGGAACGAUCUUGCGUUCUUUAGGGUGCUGUCCAACCGAAGCUGAAGUCCAGGAAGUGAUCUUAGCGACGGAAAACAAAGAGGCGACGGGAAACGUGCCGCUCGCUAAUUUCCUACCUUAUUUGUGCAAGGCCAUGGUAGAACACAGAUUCUACCCAGCCAGUGCUGAGAUGCUGUUGGCAGCAUUCCGUUACUUCGACGAAGAGGGACGCGGCUACCUCACCAAGGAAAGGUUCACACAACUCAUGCUCGAAGAAGGAGAACCUUUCACACAGGAGGAGUUUGAUGAGAUGAUGCAAACGGCGCUGGACCCGGUCACAGACACCAUUACAUACGAGUACUACAUAAACCAGCUCAUGGUGGAAGAUGAAGUCGUGGAGAAUAAAGAACAGCAAUAAAUUAAAUACUCAUUUCACUUUUACUAAUCUUAGAAUACUCACAAAAUACUCAAAGUAGCCAGAAAUAAACUCAAAAAUUUGAA